CGGGAUGCGAAAGUUGGAUGCCUGCUCCACGGGGAGCAACUUUGCGGGCGCCGGCGCCCCGCCUGCUGCUCGCUGGCCGCGCCCCCCGGGGGGGGGGGCUUCCCGGUCCCUCGAAGCCGCUCUCCUCCGCGGGGCUGGGCGCUGGGCCUCAGGACCCUCCAGUGUGUCCACUCGGGUUUGUGAGCGCCAGCGUCCCCGGGUGCCCGGGCCCCAUCGGGUGCCCGUUCCCGCGCUCUGCCCCUGGCAGAUCCUUGGGGAGCUCGGCCUUUGCUCUGCCCACCGGGCUCCCGGGGUUCCCUGACCCCGAACCCACUCCGGCUCCUCCACCCGGACGGUGCGCUGGGUGGCGGCGGCCCGGGCGGGGCGGGUGCGGAGGAGCGCGCUGAGGGCGCAUCGCUCCUGGCCCCGGAGCUGGGAUCCAGGAGAACAGUGGACACUGACCCCCUUCUUUCAGGAACCAGAAAAUUAAUACUAAGUCAACAAUUUCUCUUGUAUUUAUGAGCUAUUUCAGAAUUAUGUGAAGAGAUCUUUAGAUGACUUGAUCAUUUCAUUCAGUUUGAAUUUUCAAGAUGAAUUAUACUGAGUCCAGCCCAUUGGCAGAAUCGCCUGCAGUUGGUUUUACACCUAAGUUAGAAAGUAUUAUACCUGUGCCUUCCAAUGACACCGCUUGUGAAAACUGGAGAGAAAUACAUCAUCUGGUUUUUCAUGUAGCAAAUAUUUUUUUUGCAAUUGGGUUGGUUAUUCCAACUACUCUCCACCUCCAUAUGAUACUUCUUAGGGGGAUGUUAGCUAUAGGAUGCUCCUUUUACAUCAUGUGGGCCACACUCUACCGAUGUGCCUUGGAUAUUGUGAUCUGGAACUCAGUGUUCCUCGGUGUCAAUAUGUUGCAUCUUUCAUAUCUUUUGUUCAAGAAAAGACCGGUCAAGAUAGAAAAGGAACUCAACGGCAUAUACCGACGAUUGUUUGAACCACUCCGAGUGCCUCCAGAUUUGUUCAGAAGAUUAACUGGACAGUUUUGUGUGAUCCAAACCUUGACAAAGGGUCAGACGUAUGCUGCAGAGGAUAAAACCUCAGUCGACGAUCGUCUGAGUAUUCUCCUGAAGGGAAGAAUGAAGGUCUCCUAUCGAGGACAUUUUCUGCAUAACAUUUACCCCUGUGCCUUUAUAGAUUCUCCUGAAUUUAGAUCAACUCAGAUGCACAAAGGUGAAAAAUUCCAGGUCACCAUUGUUGCAGAUGAUAACUGCAGAUAUUUAUGCUGGUCAAGAGAAAGAUUAACUUACUUCCUGGAAUCCGAACCCUUCCUGUAUGAAAUAUUUAGGUAUCUUAUAGGAAAAGACAUUACAAAUAAGCUCUACUCAUUGAAUGAUCCCACCUUAAAUGAUAAAAAAGCCAAAAAGUUGGAGCACAAGCUCAGCCUCUGCACACAGAUCUCCAUGCUGGAGAUGAGGAACAGCAUCGCCAGCUCCAGCGACAGCGAGGACGGCCUGCACCAGUUCCUCCGGGGCACCCCCAGCGCGUCCUCGCUCCACGUGUCCUCCCCACACCAGCGGGCCUCUGCCAAGAUGAAGCCAAUAGAAGAAGGGGCGGAAGACGAUGACGAAGUCUUUGAACCCGCGUCACCCAAAGCAUUUAAAGUCCGUGAGUUGCCUUGAUCAGAGAGAAGAGCCAGGUUACCGAGAUGGAAAUGGUCUUGAAGAUAUCCUGAAAAAUACCAGCACUUUAUCACUCACUGCUUUUAGAUUAUUCCUCUUUAGGGCAUCGGGAUGGUACAGUCUGAGGAGGGCAGAGAAGUGAGGAAGAGUCGAAAGUCAGAAGGCUGUUUUAGCUCUCUCUUUUUUUUUUUUUAUGGGUCAGCUUUUUUUUUUU